UGUGGCUGUACGUUGAAUCCUCGAGAGAGAGAGAGACACACACACACAAAAAGGGUUUUAAAUCUUUUAUACAAUGUCAAAAAAAGCAUCGGCCAUAUUGUUUGAUUUAGAAUCACAGGAACGUGGUGGUUCUCCUUCAUUUAUAUCACAAACACUCUCCAAGGAUCCACGGCCAACCUCCGACGGAGACGGUGGGCGGAUUCCGUUAGAAGAGUGGCUGCCGAUCACAGAAUCAAGAAAAGGGAAUGUUUAUACGGCGACGUUUCAUAUUUUCUGCUCGGGACUUGGUCUCCAAGUGCUUCUUCUUCCUGCAGCUUUAGCAUCACUAGGAUGGGUAUGGGGAGUGAUAAUUUUAACGGUGGGGUUUGCAUGGAAGCUUUACACCGUUUGGCUUCUUGUUCAUCUCCACGAAGCUGUACACGGAAUACGUUUCAGCAGAUACUUGAGACUCGCAAUUGCUUCAUUCGGUGUGAAGCUUGGGAAACUUCUUGGAAUAUUCCCUGUGAUGUAUCUCUCAGGAGGAGCUUGUUCGAUUCUGGUUAUAACCGGUGGGAAAACAAUAAAACAACUUCUACACAUUAUAUACGAAGAUGACGAAGUACCACUUACUACCUUGCAAUGCUUCGUGAUCUUCAGCUGCCUCGCAGUGGUCAUGUGUCAGUUUCCAAAUCUAAAUUCUCUUUUUGGGAUCUCGUUGAUCGGUGGUGUUAUGGCCAUAGCAUACUCCACCGCAAUCUGGAGUUUACCGCUAGCUAGUAUUUCGCAAAGAGAUCAAAACAAUGUCUCUUACGCUACAAAGGAUACAAGUUUCGAUACCAUUUUCAACGCCAUUGGAUUGAUAGCUAUUUCAUUUCGCGGGAACAACCUCAUCCUCGAGAUACAGGGUACUCUUCCUUCCGAUUCAAAGAAUCCCUCAAGGAAGACAAUGUGGAAAGCUGUGGUGAUCUCUCAUGUGUUCAUCGCCGUUUGUAUGUUUCUAGUAGCCAUUGUUGUAUAUUGGGCAUAUGGUGACAAGGUACGUAGAAAUUCAACACUAAUAUACUUUAUAUUAUUGCUCUCUAUGUGUUUGAACUCUAAUAUUAAUUCUUAUAUAUUCAACACUCCGGAGGUUUAAAAUUCGAUUUUCCCACUUAAAAAGUGAUGAAUGUAGAAGAUAUGCCAGCUCACUCGACGUUCGUUCGUUGUAAAAAAAGUCAAAUUCUGUUAGUUAAAUUGGGCUCAGGGAUAUCACUGUGGGCCGCAUUCUUAUUAGUUAAAUUGGGCUAAGGUUCGAUGGUAUUGGGUUUGGAGUUCUAAGUGUUAGUUUGGCAAAGCUAUGGCCUAUGGGUUUGGGUUUGUAACGGAGAAUGAGAAUAGACCACAAGCUAAACAGAGACUGACAUUUGAGACACAAGCUAAAUAGUGUCUCAGCGUUGAGACCAAAGACCAUUUGGCACAAGCCUUUGGUCCGGACAUGAAGCAAAACAGAGACUGAAACAGAGCAAUUGAUACAGCAUCUGCCUCUGCAAACACAUCUGUUUAGUUUACUACCAUUAUAUAAUACGCAAAAAUGUUACAUACUAUAUGGCAUCAUUAGAUCAUAUACAAAGCUUAAGUUAAUAUUAUUUGGUCAAAUUUGUAGCAUGGAGACGAAACGGUCGACUGAAACGUUGUACUAUGACUUAGUAUUUGCUCGUUUUGUCUGAUAUCCUGGUCCUAGUCAUUAAUGGAUCAGUUUAUUAUGUCAACCAACCAUACACAACUUUCCGACCCAAGUGGAAAGAAUUAAUGAUGAUGGGGGUAAUCUAGUUUCAAAGCAGUUACGUUCCAAGUGCGAUGUAGAAUUGGGCUAAGCUGGGCCCAUUCAAUAGAAAUGGGCCUCCGACACCUACGAUCCUCCUAUCGGGAAACAAAAGAGAGAGAGAGAGAGAGAGAGAGAGGGACGAUAGGAAGGGGAAAAGCAGAAAGAAACCCUAAUUUCACACCAGCAGCAACAAGAGAUGAUGAAGAAGACGCAAACGAUUUUCGGCAAGUACUGGCGUAGAGGUUUUUCAUCCAUCGCUUCUUCCCCUCUGACCUCGAGGGUCAAGCAGGAGUUGGCGGAGCAGAAUGGCUUGGGUCUCUUUGGAGCAUUUAUUGGUGGAUGGUGUAUCAAAGCUUCCAUAAAUGUUUACAAGAAAAGAGAGCAUUGGUACAUAGUGGACAGAUUGUCUAAAGAGAACGACCAGCGUUUUGUUGAUCUGUUGACUAGAUCUUCCCAGCUCACAAUGGCAAGGACUGAAGCCAGUCGCAAACGUUUGAUGGAUAUGAAAGACAGAGUCGAUUCUGACUAGUCUCUUCCCCGAUGGCAAUCUCUCUCUCUCUCUAUCUAUCUAUGUACUUCGGUGUUUUAUCUUGGACUCUAUAUAUGCGUUUGUGUAAUAAUUAUUAUUGUGCCUUGUAUCUGCACACUCUGGAACAUAUGCUUGUUGGAGUUGAUUGGAGAUAGUUUAUCUUGUGCUUUGUUGUUGGUAUUUGUAA